AUGGCGUUGGAGAGGAUCCCCUCAAAGACCUGGACGAUGCUCGGUCGCAGGAAUCUCGCCAUCCAUCCACAAGUUUGGAGCAAUAUACGAGCUGGUGUCAAGGUCAGGAACUUUGUGAUGGACGAGGUAGUGGGUAUGACGGGCCUGGAUACUUGCGACGGCGAUUUGCAUACCGACAAGGACACGAAGCCUGCCAAAGGUCCGACUGGGCGACGAGACACCGUUACGAAUGCGAUGUCAUGGAGUGUAGUCGAGAUGUUCGGCGACGGAAUGGUGUUAGAUACAGCCAGGCUGCCCGGCACUUCCACACCAAAUGCGCCUGGUUUGGGAUCAACAACGUCGCGUCCGAACUCGCAAGCUCUUACCCCCCAAGGUCGACCAGUCAACGAGUUCAUCAUCAUUGUGAACAACACGAUCUUUAAACUCAACUCGAGCGCGCCGUCCCACUCUUCGGUCGGCGUCAGAGACCUAAACGAGCAACUCGAUGCGCGGCACGUGGGUGUAUUGUCCUCUUGUCCUGCAGCGGACGAAAGGUACUGGAAGAUCAUCAACGAUUAUCGUCUCAUCACAUCGAAGAGGAAGCGACUAGCUGAAGCAUUCUUCUGCUACAACUCCCGGUAUCGGAUCGCCAUUCUCGUCGAGUUCGAACAAGAAGGUCCGGCCUCUCAAAAAUCCAACUGGAAACUGUGCCGGUCUGUUGUCCGAUUCGAAAUCUUUCGAUCCUGA